CCUUCCUCCCGCAUCCCGUUGGCCGCCUCCUCCUCCUCCCUGUUUGCACGCUCCCUCCCUCUCUCAUUCUUUCUUUCCCUUACCGCCACGCUGCAGAGAGGCAGACCUGGGGAACUGAUGGUCCACGGAGGAGGAAGGAGAUCUGCCCUGCAUUUCUUUGAGAGUGAAACGGAGAGGCAGAGAUACGAUGAAGGAGCGUUUUUGUUGCUGCCUGGAUUAAGAAAGAAUACAUAGAAAAAAAAACUAACCAAACAAACAAAUCCGGACCCAACAAACAAGGAAAAAGGGAGGAGAGGAGGAGAAGGAGGAGGUUGCUGGGGGGAGCCCGCUCCAGUGGGUGAACAGCUGCUUUGAAUCGUGCCUCUGUUCCCAGGGAUUAAAGCAUGAAUGGGAGCAGCCUCCCAGCCACGAUGGAGAGAGAAGGCGGUUCAGACUGUGGGAAUAAGGUUUCCUGCCAGAUGGGUGCCUGAGGUUCCUGCUGGAGGCCCCAACAGCAUCCCGUAGAAGUGCUCUCAAGCCUCUGGUCCCAGCAGCUGAGGCCCCUCCAAACCUGCUUCUGCAAUGGGUGGGUUGUAAGCACUGGUAAUGAGGAGCUGUGGGUCCAGUCAGUCUUGGAGAUGCCGAAGAGACGAGACAUCCUGGCUAUCGUGCUGAUAGUUCUGCCCUGGACACUACUAAUCACCGUCUGGCACCAGAGCACCAUUGCUCCACUGCUUGCAGUGCACAAGGAUGAUGGUGGUGACUCCCGGCGUGAUCUCGCUGCAGGCUUGGACUCCAAGGAAUACUGCUUGUCGGACCGGGACAUUGUGGAGGUGGUGAGGACAGAAUAUGUUUAUACUCGCCCACCCCCGUGGUCAGACACCCUUCCCACUAUCCACGUCAUUACACCCACCUACAGCCGGCCCGUGCAGAAAGCAGAGCUGACGCGCCUGGCCAACACCCUCCUGCAUGUGCCAAACCUGCACUGGAUCCUGGUGGAGGACUCCCAGCGGCGCACACCCCUCAUCACCCGGCUGCUACGGGACACGGGGCUCAACUACACCCACCUCAACGUGGAGACCCCUCGCAACUACAAGCUGCGGGGAGACAUGAGGGACCCCCGCAUCCCCCGGGGGACCAUGCAGAGGAACCUUGCCCUGAGGUGGCUGAGAGAGACCUUUAACAAAAACAACAGUCAGCCUGGGAUUGUUUACUUUGCUGAUGAUGAUAACACCUACAGCCUGGAGCUCUUCGAGGAGAUGCGCAGCACCAGAAAGGUGUCGGUGUGGCCAGUAGCCUUCGUUGGUGGCUUGCGCUACGAGUCCCCCAAAGUGAAUGCUGCAGGGAAGGUCUACGGCUGGAAAACUGUGUUUGACCCCCAUCGCCCCUUUGCUAUAGACAUGGCAGGGUUUGCUGUGAACCUCAGGCUGAUCCUUCAGCGAUCUCAGGCGUACUUCAAGCUGCGAGGAGUGAAGGGAGGCUACCAGGAGAGCAGCCUGCUGCGGGAGCUGGUCACCCUGAACGACCUUGAGCCAAAAGCUGCCAAUUGCACUAAGAUUUUAGUCUGGCACACGAGGACAGAAAAGCCUGUGCUGGUGAAUGAGGGGAAGAAAGGAUUCACAGAUCCCAAUGUGGAAAUCUGAGCGUGCACAGCUGAGCGGAGACCAACACCAGAAGAUUUCCUCAUGCACAGCCUCCAAGGUUCCUCCCCCCAGCAUACAGCCAGACAUGCAGUAGCCAGGACCUCUGCUGACUUCCAAGAGUUUUAGUGUACUGAAAGCAAGCAACACUGCAUACAUAAACUACCCGGAUCUCCCUGCCCUUCCUCCUGGACUCUAAGCAGAACCUGAUGCUCUGGGGAUGGAGAAAAAGCACAGAAAUACAGGACUGAACUUCCCUACAGGAGCAGCUGCCCCACGAGACGCUCGGUUUGGGAGAAGUGCACGAUGCACUGAAGAUGCAGCCCGGCUGGAAGGGCAGCCCAGACUGAGCGGGCUGUUAUACGGGACCUGAGAGUGAGGGUGAGAAUGCACACGUGGGUGUGCUGGCCCUGAUGACUUGCCCUUCCCAGACAUGCACCCUGCGGCUAUGUGUCCAACAGCCAGAGCAGCUCCCUGCUGACAGAGGGGACGGCUGCCUUCUGAGAUGGCACCUUAGCCCUUAAUUCUAAACCUACUUUAAUCAGUGUUUAUUACGCUGCACAAGACAGGAAGGCUUUGGGGGAGAGUGAAAAGCAAGGCAGGUUAGAACAAACCCGAAUGUACAUCUGUUUGUUGUGCCCCCUUCUCCUUCCCCUUAUUUGGCUCCAUGGUUUGGAGGGUACCCUGUGCUCCUGGAUGGAGUUACACGCACAGCAUAGGGCUCUUGAUGCUAAAAGAGCUGUGGGUGGGUCCUAAAGAGAUUGUUGUGGCCAUACACCAUAAUAUUUCAUCUGGGCUCAGAUCUUAGUUCUAUUUAACUCUCAUUUGGUUCACGUGAGCAUUAGGUGUGGGGUUCUCAGAAGGGUGCUUCUACAUAAAGCCAAAUUUCUAUUCUCCAAAAAAUAAAGUUAACUGCUUAAAACCAGGGACUGAACAAGAAUUUAGUGCAUUCACCAACUGAGUGGAGCGUAUCCUCCAGCUCCUCUUUUAGGGCUGGACUGGUGUGCAAAUCCACGCUAGAGCCAGUCAGGAGUUAACUAGUGGGAAUAGAGCAGCACCCUUGUAAAGGGAUCCUGUGCUCAGAGUGCUCUGUUCCCUCCACCUCUGGCUCCAGGUAGGUUGAAAAACUAAGUAGAAUGUUAGUUGCCUCUUCCCUGCUCUGUAACAUCAAAGGACCUGAGACAGCAUUGAUGAAAGGGUAUUCUCUGAUGAAACUCUAUCUUGCUCCUCAGCAAGAGGCACGUGGCUGAGCAAUGCAGAGGAGGAACCUGAGUGCUGCUACCUUGGCUGACUCUAUUUGAAAAUGACCAACUUGCUGAGGAAGAAAUGAAGGUACAGCUUAGCCCUUCUCCCUGCCUCCAGCCAGCAAACACCCAAAAAACCCUUAAUACAUUCAACUCUUAAUACCCUCCCCUCACAGCUGUCAAACAUCUGAUCAACCCCCACUGCCCCAAUUCUUUCAGAAGGGUCUGAAGCACAAUUUUCCCUUCAAGUUGAGGGAAAAUGUAAUCCCAGAUUUGGUUCUUUGUAGCCCUAACGCAUAGAAUUAUUGCAGUACUACAGAGGGGACUGUUAGCUUCACAAGUCUCCCCUUGGACUAAUGGUUGUGCAUUCCCUAAUAUGUAAAGAAACAUUUGGGUUUUUUUUCCAAGUUAUUUUCUCCCACUGUCUUUCAGAAUCAAUGGGGGAAAGCUGCAUUGCUCAGCUGUCAGUCACAAAGCCUUGCUACACAGCCUUUAUAAUAAUGUUCUUUUAGAUGCAUUGGCUGAAGCGCUACUGGGAUAGCAAGCAUCCAGUUCCACUGGCCCCUCUAUGGGAACAGGCACUGUUACCUUGUGCUAAAAUGGGAGCUCUCUGCAUUUGAGCAGACUGAUUCUGUUCUUGUAUGAGCAUCCCAACCUCAGUUCAGUCUGCACACCCUAGAGUGGAAAGAGACAUUGUUAAAGGCAUACAGAUUCUUCUGCUAAGGUAGUUCCCAACUGAUGGCCUCUCCUAGCUGCAUGUUUUCAUUCACUGACAUCAGCUCCAGCUCCUGCUGAGCUGCAGCCUUCCCUCCUUGGAAGGAAAUAACUUCCAGAAAAACACAAAGGCCCAAGUCCUGACCACAGCCCUGCUUUUACACUCCUCAAAGUCGGGCCCUUCCAACCUGCACAGCAGCACUGUGGGUCUGGGGAGCAGAGAUGCGCACGCUCAGUGAGACCAGCUCUGGUCAGGGUGGGGUGUAUUACAGCCGCACUGUCUGUUCUCAGUUUUAAAUAAACUGUAUUUAAAUUUGUUAAAUAAAAUUAAGUAUGGUUUUUAAGAGCU